AUGCCAGCCAAGACCCCCAUCUACCUGAAGACCUCGACGCCGAAGCGGGGCCGGAAGCUGCGGCUGCGGGACGUGCUGUCGAGCGACAUGAUCAGCCCGCCGCUGGGGGACUUCCGGCACAGCGCCCACAUCGGGCCGGAGGGCGAGGGCGACAUGUUCGGGGAACUCUCCUUCCUGCAGGGCAAGUACGACCUGCUGCCCAGCCUGGGCCGCCGCCUGGCCUCGCAGAGCGCCCAGGCCGUGGGCCAUGAGCCGGCCUGGGGCCCCGCCGCCAGCGGCUACCGCAGCCUGCUCAAGAGCGCCAUCUCCCUGCCCGUCUUCAGCGGGGCGCCCAGCCCGGAGCAGGCGCCCCCCAAGCCGCCCCGGCUGCACCUGGAGGAGCUGCCCAGCAGCCAGCGCUCCAUGUCCGUGAGCUGCGGCGAGGGCUGUUUCCACAGCGGCCAGGGCCUGGCCUUCUCCUCCAUCUCCCACUACGACCAGCUGCCCUCCUCCGUCUCCUUCUCCGCCGCCUCCUCUGAGGGCUCCUUCCCGGGCCCCUGGGGGCUGGGCUACGGCGCCCGGGCCGGCACGGACACCCAGGAGCCCCCGUACUCUCCCGGGGCCUCUGUCCCGCGCUCCGAGUCCCUGCUGGGGCUGGACCUGGACCUGGGCCCCUCCAUCCUGGACGACGUGUUGCGGAUCAUGGAGGAGUACAAGCUGCCCAGCGCCAAGGCCCUGUAG